AUGCCAGCAUCUGCAGGACGAGUCCGAAUGCCCCAUAACAACCGCGUGAGUACUAGUGCUUCAUUGCAAACACAUGCAAUCUGGCAAACUGCAAUUGGUCACGAUCCCUAUGCUGCAGCGUCUGAAGCAAAUCAGCAGGAGAGUGCUCGUGAAGAGGCUCUCGCGGGAAAAAAGAAGCUCAAGGAAGUUAUGGGGAUGGCAAGGAGCCAGAAUCUCACUGACUCUGCGAACAGAAGUGGUUUCACCGCCCAGAUGUACCGAGGAUUAAAGAAGGGAAAGCAGCAUCGAGGAGAAGGCGAGACACAACAAAGUUCCGAUCCGAACCUACAAAGUUUGUUGGACGACCCUUCCAGCAGCAGCGAGGAAGAGUUUGUGGAGGUCGCAGUCAAACGGAAAAAAAAGAAGUCUUCUCGAAAAAACGAGAUCGGAAGAAGGCGCGACCCUUCUCCCGAAGACAGUGACUCUUCGUCUAACGAAUCAUCUGGACGACGUAGGAAGAUGGAGAGAAAACGAAAGAAUCGAAAACGUAGCAGGAGUAUGAAAAGUCGAAGGAUAUCCAGCAAUGGUGAUGAUCAUAGUCAUAAUUCUGUUCAUAUGAGAAGGAAAAAGAGAAAAGCUUCGAAGAGAUGA